GACUCUGUUCUGCGGUUUUGUUGGGGAUCUGCGGCAGAGGUGGUUUGGACCUUCGGAUCUGGGAAUGGUGUGGGUCUCCAGCAACGCCCAGGCUCCCUGAGUCCAGCGAGGAAGUUAGGAGUUAGAAAUGGAGUCAACAUAUCUUCAAAAGCACCUUGGGGCAUGUCUAACUCAAGGUCUUGCAGAAGUGGCGAGAAUUCGACCAGUGGAUCCAAUAGAAUAUUUAGCAUUGUGGAUUUACAAGUAUAAGGAAAAUAUGACCAGGGAGGAACUGAGACAAAAGGAAAUGGCUGAAUUGGAGCGUGAAAGAGAACUAGCUCUGACGGAGCAGGAAAUGAUGGAAAGGCUCAAAGCAGAAGAGCUUAUCUUUCAGCAGCAACAGCUGGCAUUCCAGCUGGAGUUGGAAAUGCAAGAAAAAGAGAGACAGAGAAUAGAAGAAUUACAGAGAGCUCAAGAACAGUUAGAGAAGGAGAUGAAAAUGAAGAUGGAAAAUAUAGCUAGAGAUGAAGAUACUUCAUCCCCAAAGGGUACAGCAGCAGACUCAAGCAAGACACUAGCUGAAAUUAGUGAUCGAUAUGGGGCACCUAACUUGAGCACAGUGGAAGAACUUGAUGAACCAGUGCUCUCCGAUGUAAGUAUCUUUAGGAGACUGUUUUGUGAAAACCAGAUUUUCUUUUUUUACUUUGGAAAAGCCUUGUGCAUAUGAGGCCAGAGUUGGUUGGUAGAUGGGUGUUUUGCUUCAUAUAAAGAAAACCAGUUCCCUAAUAAGGGUUUUCCACAUCCCUAUUUGGUGCUCUGCCCUUUUGUGGACAUGUGCAGCUGGCCACAAGGUGAGGAUGGGCAUAUGUCUGGCUCCCUUCAAAUGUGUCAGCACUAGUGGCACAGUAGCUGGAAGUUUGUGUGGAGGUAGCAGUGUGCCUUCUUGUGCAGAGGGUGAUAUAUGUAUUUUGGAGUUAGGUGUUGA